AAUAGCUUUUUAAUGUUUGUGUUUGCAGUUGAUGCCAGGACAAGUGUUAAACGGGAUAAUGUGGCUGCUUCUUCCCAGAAGACAAUAGAGAUAAGCACGGUUUCUGAUGCAAAUGGAAAGGAUCUUGGGAAGGAGGCCAAAGCCUCGAUGCCAGCUGCUAAAUCCAGUCUUUUCUUCUCACUUUCGUGGCCCGUACCAGGACGUACCAGAGACCGAGGCACAGAUUCAUCAUUCGGAUCAGUAAAGCUUGAUGUCAGCUCGGAAAAAGCUCCGGGGAACAAAGCACCAAGUGAGAACAUGAAACUUCCGGCAACAGCUGCACUGGAAAAGAGAGCAGAUAAAACCCCAAGGCAGGCCCCAGCUCAAGCAUCCUUCACCGCAGCUCAACAACUAGCUUCUCCUCCACCUGAGGGAGAGCAGGUAGCUCCCAUCAAGACCAAGGAAACUGGCUUUUUUGACAAAUUUUUCACACUGGACAAGGGAAAAGACAAGGCACCCAUUGAAACCCAAGAGGAAAUUAAGAGCACAGAUAAUCACAACCCAGUGAGAACAACUCCUGGAUUAUUGAACCUGCCAAACAAUGUCCCAGAGGAGAAGGAUUUAGUUGACAGCAACAAAAAGGAUAAACUGCAAAAGACAGUGGCCACCAAUUUUUCAGUCCUUGAAGAUCCUAAGGAAACUGAAAUUGCAGAAGAGAACCCAAAGACAGAAGAUACAACAGAGAAUAAUAAUCCCAUCAUGAGUUUCUUUAAAACCCUGGUUUCACCUAACAAGGCUGAAACAAAAAAUGAAUCAGAAGACAAGGCAUCCAAAGCGGAAAAGGUUCAAGGAGGACAAGCUGGUCAGAAGGCUGCAGCAGAAGCUCAGACUAAAGGAUCCAAGAAAAAGAAUCCAGACAGUCCCAGACUAGGCCACGCACUGAGAAAAUUCUUUAGACACAAGACUGAUGAAAAGCCACCUGCCUCUUCGGCCAUCACCACGUCAGACAAAGCCAACUCUCCAGCUCGAGGAGCCCAGGGGGCCCCCAAGGCCGCUAAAGGCUCUAACCCUGCAGCCCAGCAGCACCCAGCAGGAUCUCCUGAACAGGCGAAGGAGAAAGCGGGCCCUACAUCCACACCCCUGAGCAAACUAUUUCGGAAAAAGUCCAUUAAAGAGGUUCCAGCUCCCCAAAGUCCUGAGGAGAAUGUCACAAGAGAUGUAGCAGUACAGGUUUCAAUAUCCGAUGAAGUACACACGUCAUUACAAACGGUGGAUCUCAAUGAAGAGGAGAAUAGGAAUAAUAAAGCUACAGAGGUAAAGCCCAAAGGAGAAGAAAAUAAGACACCUCGGAAAAACCUGAUGAUGUUUUUCAAACAACUGUCAGUCAGAGAUGAGGGUGAGAUCACCAAUUCAGAAGAGUCUAAGAGCAAAGAUCCUGAGAGUCAAACAUCAGAGUCCACAGAAAAGAUAGCCUCUCCGGGGAAUUCUGAGCCUGCAGGAUCUGGGCAGAAGAACAAGGAGGGCUCAAAAGACAAGAAGGCCACUACUGAGCAGAACAAGCAGAAAGGCAACAAACACGAAACCAAAGAGCAGUCCAGCACCGCGGACCAGCGAAUGGCUGAGAUGAACUCCGUGCAGAAUGGGGGAGAUUCUAAAGAAAGCCCUCAGAAGAGACCGGAGAAGCGGCAGUCACUCGGUGGCUUCUUUAAAGGCCUGGGACCAAAGCGGAUGUCUGAUGCUGAAGUGCAGACAGAUCCUGUGUCCAUCUUACCUGCCGGAAAAUCCAAGUGAUAAAUACCUCCAGCUACUGAAGAAUUGAUGGCUCUUAACAAGCUCUCUUGCAGUCACCUUGACUCUUUCCCUCUCUUAUUACUGCUGCCAUCAAAUGGGUACCUGCCUUAAGCAACACUGGAUGUAUAUUGAGGUGUAUUAUUUACAUAUUUGGUUCAUUAUAUUGUAGUAAAUAACUGUGAAGAUUGUCAAGAAGGAGAGCGAAGUAUAAUUAAAAAGAGGUCUGUAAUGUUGAUGACUUCCAAGUCUUGGAAGUAAAAACAAAUGAAUUCUAGAUAAGUUAAGAAAAUGGCAGCGAAAAGUAAAUUGAAGAAUAAUGAAGUAGGAUCAAAGGAAUUAAGUUCUAUGGGGAAGAAUCCCUCAACCUUGAAGCUUUAAGUGAAGAUAAAGCGAUAGUUUGUAAGUUUUCAUUUCAGAGGGAAAAAAAAUGUGUUGGGGAUUGGCCAACUUGUUGGAAUUACUUAGAUCCAAAGAAUGAAUGAUUAAGGGUUAUUUUUAAAAUAGGCCCUUGAAAGUUACUGAUGGAAUUUCAAAGGCUAGAUGCCCAGGGCUUGAAAUGAUUUGGAAAAAAAAAAGAUUUUUUCUUGGUUUGGUGAAAUGGGUUGGAUAACAAAUAUUAAAAAAAAAAGGAAGGUUAUCGUUGAACACCAGGGGGCGCCACGAUCUCCAGUACUAUAUAUUCUACUAAUUCAGAUUAUAUAGCUGCAAUCUUACAUUAUUAAUGUUUUUCAGAUGUCUGAAGAGACCUCAUCUAUUUCGUCUGACAUUUGUCUGGGAUCAUGUCUGUAAUUCCUAAUGAAACCCUGAAUGUUAUCAAGAUUCUGUCUCUCCUUUUUACAAAACUUACAAUAACCUAAUAAUAAAGUUUACGGAAGAUUUA